GGCAGAUGAUAUUCGAUGCUUCCUUUGAAAAGAAACCAGCGUACGAGGAAGAACUACAGUUUAAACAUUCAUUUAAACAUUUAUUUAGACGUUCAGUGUAGAUAUAACCUCAUCUACUCUACUUGUCACUGGUGUUUUUUUAAUCGAAUUAACGCUAUAAAAAUGCGAGUUUCCUGUAGAAUAAGCUUAUGGGCAAUUGUUUUAUUGCUGUACCUAGAAACAGUCGUAUCUCAGCUGAGUGAUAAAUCUAAUAUGGGACAAUUCGACAAGUGGUCUUUCCUGCCAGAAAAUACUCCAGAUAAACUCAAACAACACUCGAAUGAAGCUCGCUAUGUAAGAGCGCCACAAACUUUGGUACCCAGAUGGAAGAAACGAAUUGGAUUCGCUGGUUUGGAUAAUAUGGAUGUCAUGACCUCCGUUUUAGAGCAUACUCGGCAAAAAGACACCUCCAUGGACUUAAGGAAAAUACGAAAUCAUAACCCACUUCUACAUUUGUCUCCGAUGGAUGUCCGCCGGCUGUUGGAAGCCGGCAAAUAAAGAUGAUUACUAAACAUGAUAGUGACAGAAAUACUUGGCAAAUGUUUAGAAUAUUUUCUUUUUCCUAGAGUCUCUCACUGCAAAUUGGAGGAUCUGAAGCCACAUUUUUUAAAUCUUCUGUCUGUAUGAAAUUUCAUUCCAUUACAAUUUACUGUAUACUAGCGUCUGAUAGUAAACAUAUCAAAGUAAAUAUAUUGAAACUCUUGCUAUUUAUCCAAGGUUUAAAAUUAAAAUGUUCAAAGCAAACGUA